AAGAAUACAUCAGUUAUUUAACAGAGUUCAAUCCUUACUCAUUAAAUAUUUCAAAAACAGAACAAAAAACUUAAUCAAAAUGAAACUUUUAAUCAUUUUUUUUGCAUUGAUCGUUUUAAGCUUGUGUGAUGAAAUACAAGACCGAGAUGCACGAGGACUAUUCGAUUGUCUUUUGAAUUGUCCAAAAGGCAAAAAACCCGUGCGUAACACAAAAUUCACUCCAAAAGGAAACGGUUGUGGACCUAAAGGAUUCAGCGUCCCAGCGCCUAAAAAGUUUGAAUCGUGCUGUAAAAGUCACGAUAUCUGCUAUGGAACAUGCAAUAGUAACAAAUCCAAAUGCGAUGAAACUUUUAAAAGUUGUAUGAAAAAGACUUGCACUAAAAUAGAUUUGGUAUGCAAUGGAUUGGCGCAAACAUUCUUCCUUGCUGUGAAGUCUCCCGUUGGAUGUGCUAUUUUUAACAAUGUUCAGGGAAAAGCUUGUGUAUGCAAGUAA